GCUCAACACCUCAAGAAAAAGAAUCUUUCCGUUUCUUUCUCUUUGCCUGUUUGUCCAUUGCUUCUUCCUCCUCCCGUUGCUCCUCAGCCACCUUUCACUUUGCUCUGCCAAAGCUCAAGAAAAUUUUUACUUCUUCUGAGUGAUGGGUGUGAGCUGCCGCUGUUCCCACACAUCCCAUAUCACAGAGAUCAUCAUCACCAGCUUCUUUCGCCACAAGCCUUAAGAAGUAAAGAAUUUUGUAUUCUUUAAAACGAAGAAACCAAAAACCUGGGUGGCUUUUUUUUUUUUAAUCGUCUGAUGAUGUUGAAGAUGAUAUCUUGAGCAAACAAGAUUGAUCCUUUAGCUUGAAAAUUUCAUGGCGGGUGGGAGGGUCUAUCCUAGUAAUACUAGUAGUGCUGGUGGUUCUAAUAACCUCUCUGUUUUGCUUCAAAGUCAAAGGGUUCCAUCCUCUUCUGAGCCUCUUGAUCCCCUUUUCAUUCCAGGAUCUUCUCCAUCUUCUUUUCUUGUUUCAGGUAGAAGGUCGAUGGUGAGCUUUGAAGAUGUUCAUCGAGCAAACAUUGCAAACAGAUCAUUUUUUAGGACGUUUGAUCAAGAAGAGAAUGGAGAUGAGGAUUUAGAUGAGUAUUUUCAUCAACCUGAAAAGAAGAGACGGCUCAGUGUUGACCAAGUCCAGUUUCUAGAAAAAAGUUUCGAGGUCGAGAACAAGCUUGAACCUGAAAGGAAAGUUCAGCUGGCUAAAGACCUUGGCUUGCAGCCCCGGCAAAUUGCGAUAUGGUUCCAAAACCGCCGGGCUCGGUGGAAGACAAAGCAGCUGGAGAAAGACUAUGAAGCGUUGCAAGCCAGCUAUAACAGCCUCAAGGCUGACUAUGAUAAUCUCCUCAAGGAGAAAGAUAAACUGAAAGAAGAGGUUCUUCAGCUCACAGAUAAGUUGCUUGUGAAAGAGAAAGAGAAGGGGAACUCAGAAUUGUCUGAUGUAAACAAAUUGUCACAAGAACCACCGCAAAAGCUUGUUGUUGCUGAAACGGCUUCCGAGGGUGAAGAGUCUAAGGUUUCAGUUGUGGCCUGUAAACAGGAAGAUAUCAGUUCCGCCAAAAGUGAUAUAUUUGAUUCAGACAGCCCACAUUACACUGAUGGGGUUCAUUCUUCACUCUUGGAGGCUGCUGAUUCAUCUUAUCCUUUCGAGCCAGACCAGUCUGAUCUAUCACAAGACGAGGAAGAUAACUUGAGCAAGGGCCUGUUACAUCCCCCUUCAUAUAUCUUCCCAAAACUUGAAGAUGACGAGUACUCCGACCCGCCUGCAAGUUCGUGUAAUUUUGGAUUCCCUGUUGAAGAUCAUGCCUUUUGGUCUUGGGCUUACUGAGUUAUAUCUAUAAUCCAGUUCUGGUAUAUAUAUGAUCUUUCUUGUAGUAGUAAACUAUAAAUAAGCAAUAAAAAACCAAUCAAUGGCACCCCAAUCCAAAUGUGUAUUGGCGGUGGGUUUUGGUUGUAGUUGGAAAAAUUGGUGGUGUUUUUCUGCCCCUCUCUGUAAUCUUGUUUUUGAUGGGGUUCUUAGAGUUCAAUGAAAGGUUUUGCUUUACUUCACCCGGAAUGUAAUUAAAUAACAUCUGUCUGAGAAGGGUUGUUGGAAAUGCUACCAUAAUCCAUUGUUUUGGUUGCA